GCCAUACACGGUCCACAAGAAGGUGAAAAUUUUCAACUAGUGUGAGAUGAAAUAUUUGUAGGAGCUAUAUACCCAAUGAUGGCUUUAUGAAAGCAUUUUGAAGAGCUAAGGGUAGUUUUUGAAUCUUCUGUGCACACAGUGGCUACACUGGUUUCUAGGUUCGCAGAUUCUUAGUAACCAAUUUGUAUCUUCAUUGCAUAAUGCCAGCCACCGUCAGUGACUAGUGUUCCUCCAAGCUGCUUCUCUUCAUUCAAUCUAAUGAGUAAUCUAUUCAAUCCAGGGCUGGCCGAACUAAUUGCUAGGUUUGCGUUUUGUAACUCACUCAUUGCUCUCUCCAUGGCACAAUACUGGUCAUCCCGUGUGACUAGGUUCUUUCAAGCUCCUCUGUUACUAAUGACAAAGUGGGGAAGGAGAAAAACACGAAUAUUGGACAACCCAAGGCCAAAAGGCAAAAAACCCAACAUUACUUCAAAAGGGCCUAUGAUGCUCCAAGCUGCUGCACCUAAUAAGAGGUUCUGUGGGACCACUCGCCUGCUCUCUUUUAACAGGAAUAACUGUAGAAACGUUUAGCUCCAAGUAUGUGAAGAAAAAU